AUGGCGAUUUCUUCAGCUUCAUUGAUUUUAUCAUUCUCUCAAUCAGAAACUAUCCCUAAGACUUCGAAAAUCAUCAAUUUAAAUCCACCAAACCCGAUUCUUCUGAUUUCGAAAUGCAUUUCUCUAAAAGAGCUAAUGCAAAUUCAAGCUUACGCGAUCAAAUCCCAUCUCCAUAAAGAUGUUUCAUUCAUCACUAAACUGAUAAAUUUCUGUACGGAGUCUCCUUCGACGUCUUCGAUGUUAUACGCACGCAACCUGUUCGACGCAAUGUCUGAACCAGAUAUAGUGGUUUUUAAUUCAAUGGCUCGUGGGUAUUCUCGCUCCACGACUCCUCUUGAGGCGUUUACACUCUUCGUUGAGGUCUUAGAAGAUGAUUUUUUACCUGAUGAUUACACUUUUCCUUCUCUUCUCAAAGCUUGUGCAGUAGCAAAGGCGUUAGAAGAAGGUAGACAAUUGCAUUGUCUCUCGAUGAAACUAGGGUUUGAUGAUAAUGUAUAUGUUUGUCCUACGCUUAUCAAUAUGUACACUGAGUGUGAAGAUGUGGAUGCUGCUCGAUGCAUCUUUGAUUGGAUUUUUGAGCCGUGUGUUGUUUCUUACAACGCUAUGAUCACGGGUUAUGCGAGAGGAAACAGACCGACCGAGGCGUUGUCAUUGUUUAGGGAAAUGCAAGGUAAGAACUUGAAGCCGAAUGAGAUUACUCUCCUUAGUGUUCUGUCAUCUUGUGCUCUGUUGGGAUCGUUAGAUUUAGGGAAAUGGAUACAUGAGUAUGCUAAGAAACACGGUUUCUGUAAGUAUGUGAAAGUAAACACAGCUUUGAUCGAUAUGUUUGCGAAGUGCGGUAGCUUGGAUGAUGCCGUGUCUCUGUUUGAAAAGAUGAGGCAAAAGGAUACACAAGCUUGGUCAGCUAUGAUUGUAGCUUAUGCGAAUCAUGGACAAGCUGAGAAAUCUAUGUUAAUGUUUGAGAGAAUGAAGUCUGAAAAUGUACAGCCUGAUGAGAUCACAUUUCUCGGUCUUUUAAACGCUUGCAGCCACACAGGUCUUGUGGAAGAAGGGCGCAAGUAUUUCUCACGGAUGGUUAACGAAUACGGGAUUGUUCCGAGUAUUAAGCAUUAUGGUUCUAUGGUUGAUCUUCUUGGUAGAGCUGGACGUUUAGAUGAUGCAUUUGGAUUCAUUGACAAGCUCCCGAUAAGCCCUACACCGAUGUUAUGGAGGAUUCUCUUAUCUGCUUGUAGCAGCCAUAAUAAUUUGGAGCUAGCUGAAAAGGUUAGCAAAAGGAUCUUUGAGCUAGAUGACUCACACGGUGGUGAUUAUGUGAUCUUGUCAAAUCUAUACGCAAGAAACAAUAAAUGGGAAGACGUAGAUUCUCUAAGAAAGUCAAUGAAGGAUCAAAGGGCGGUUAAAGUUCCAGGGUGCAGCUCGAUAGAGGUAAACAAUGUGGUUCAUGAGUUUUUCUCAGGGGAUGGUGUGAAGUCUGUAACUACAAAGCUUCGCAGGGCAUUAGAUGAAAUGGUGAAAGAGCUAAAGCUUGCAGGGUAUGUUCCUGAUACAUCACUUGUGGUUCACGCCGAUAUGAGUGAUCAAGAGAAGGAGAUUACGCUUAGGUAUCACAGCGAAAAGCUUGCGAUUGCGUUUGGAUUGUUGAAUACUCCUCCAGGGAAGACGAUUCGGGUUGUGAAGAAUCUUAGGGUCUGUAGAGAUUGUCACAAUGCAGCUAAGUUGAUCUCUCACAUAUUUGGUAGGAAAGUUGUUCUUAGAGAUGUUCAAAGGUUUCAUCAUUUCGAAGAUGGUAAAUGUUCUUGUGGGGAUUUUUGGUGA